AUGGGUGGGAUCCCGCCUACGCCGCACUUGGGCUUGUUGGCAUAUGCCACUGUACUCUUCCUGCUUGCAACCGUCGGGUAUUGCCUCCAGACUUGGCUCAACCACAGAGCGUUCAUCAUCCACCGAAAUGCUGAUGGGGGCCCAUACACGUACAUUCUGUCUACUUCGAGGGAUGCCCCAAGUCUCGCUACGGUAGCAAUUUACGUGGUCCUCAAUUGGUGUGCGGAUGGCAUGCUGCUGUAUCGCUUUUGCUGCAUCUUCUCGUCCUCGAUAUGGGCGAAUCUCAUGAGUGCCGCGAUGUUGGUUUCUCUGAUCGUCGUCGGAUCCCUCUGCGUUCCCAACAUCAGCCAACUUGUGGACAACCUAUGGACCAAUACGACCACAAUUCCUUCUCUGGCUUAUCUGACCUUGUCGCUGUCCAUCAACGUCGUUCUCUCUGUCGCGAUCAUUGUCCGACUGUGCCUGUAUAGGCGUCAGACUUUCAGCAGCCGCGUUGCUCACAUGUACGAUUCUGUCGUCACCAUGAUCAUAGAAAGUGCACUACCCUAUGGGAUCGUCGCUCUCUUGACCAUUGUGGCGUGUGGAACAAGCACCCCGAUGCAGAACGCGCUAUUACCAAUGUUAGGCCAGUUGCAGGCUAUACCUCCGCUAGUGAUCAUGAUCCGCGUGAAGGAUUAUCGAAUCUCACGGGACCUAGCCUUUACUUCCACGACCAUACAGUUCGCCUCACCUACUGCGACCUACGAAAGGCCCUCAUUGGAUGACAAAGGAAGUCUUCCUCCUUAUCCCAGGUCAUGCUUAGUGUCGUCACGAUCGUCGGUGACGAGCCAAAAGAGACCAUGGGACUUGACAUCCGAGUCUUCCAGUCAUCGUCUCUCCGAUUUCCAGCCGGAUUUCCCGAGACCAGUCUGCCCUAGUUGCGGGCUGGACAUGGCCAUCGGGGAAGAUAAGAGGUGAAGAUGGAAACCCACGACCUCUCGUAUCCUCAAGCCCGCGGUCUCUCGACCCCGCUUAGAUCCAAGAAGGCUGCGUCGACCUGCGUCUUCCUUUCGGGUGUACCCAACCGCCGCAAACACGCAAACCUCUUCAUCAUACCCACGUCGCGCGGCACACCUGGCACUGCACAGAGUUACAGAGGAAGGCGUUCAAUUCCCCAACUGCGGAAAGGAACGGAUUGGAUGCGAGAUAUUCGCUAAAUCCGCAGAUAUUGAGUGCACCUAUAGAGGGUUUGUAGAGGGUUGGGCUGGAAUCGCAUUGUCGUUUGGAUAGAUUCUUAGUCACGUCCUGUAUAGAAUCCCACAAGUC